AUGAGUCGGACGCGAAAGAGCGCGCGCCGUGUCAAGCGCAGCGCCGACAGCGCUCUCGUUGGACCUGAGAAGAAGCAGCAGAAGGCGCAGAGUGCAGAAGAAGCGUCGACGACAGCGGAUGUGGCGGUUUAUAGUGAACAGGAGAGCCGACAGGAGGCAGAGCGCACACUGACGAAGCUCUUGGGCGGUAUGUGUAUGGAGACGUUUCAGUCCGAGUACUUUGAGAAGAGACCGCUGCACGUCCGCGCGGCUGAAAAGAGCGAACUGUUUGCGGACGGUCUGUUUUCACGCAAUCAGCUGCUCGAGGUCCUGGAGAAGGAGUCACCGAGUCUGAAGGUUGGCAAAGACCUAACGGUCUGUCGAUACGUCAACUCGCAGCGUGAGGACUUUGACUGUGCAGGCGGUGAUGGAAGCGCAACCAGUCAAGAGGUAGAUCGGCUGCUGGACAGUGGCUUUAGCUGCCAGUUCUACCAGCCGCAGCGGUAUACGGAUGGACUGUACGCGAUCAAUGCAGCCUUUGAGGAGGUGUUUGGUGGUCUGGCAGGUGCUAGCGCGUACUUGACGCCGGCGAACGCACAGGCGUUGGCACCGCAUUACGAUGACGUGGAAGUGUUUGUGCUGCAAACGCAGGGUCGAAAAAAGUGGCAGCUGUACCGUCCACUGGUCGAACUCGCAGGGGAGCACAGCUCGGAUCUUGCUGUCGACCAGAUCGGUGAGCCAUGGAUGCAACUGACCGUCGAAGAAGGUGACGUGCUGUACUUUCCACGUGGUGUUGUACACCAAGCGUGUACCGACGAGAAGGAGUUCUCCACGCACGUGACCAUCUCGGUGUACCAGCACAACACGUGGGCUAAUUUCUUGGAGGUCGCGCUGCCCCGCGUCAUUCGUCAAGCGUUUGACUCGGACAUUGCAUUCCGUCAGGGAUUGCCGAUGAAGUACCUCAGCUACAUGGGAACGCAGUUUCCGACCGACUCGGCGAAGGCGAAGGACUUUACAGCAUCAUGCAAGAAACUGGUAGGUCGGCUUGCUGCACACGUCGACGAAAAGGACUUGCAGCAGGCUGCUGACGAGGCUGCGUUGGACGUAUUGGCCAACCGACUUCCGCCACCAGGGACAAAGGAGAAUGACGAGGCAGGCCUUAGCCCGCUCGACGACAAUGUCGUUCUAUGCUUCAAAAACCGCUCGCAUAUUCGCUUGUCGAUGGGCGAGGACGAGACGAAAGAGGCUUUUGUUGCGGUCUACUACUCGCAGCACAAUUGCAGGCGGCACCACAUGGGCUUUUGCACAUGCAACGGUCAGGAGGAAGACGAGGAUUGCGAGGAGAAUAGUGAUGACGGGGAUGCAGAAGCCAGUAGUGCCGACGGAGAUCAGGAUGGUCAUGGCGACAGCGAAGAGGAAGAUGACCCGAGCGCAGCUUUCGGGCAAAUGCCUGCUCAGCCGAAAAGCAUUGUGUUUCCGGGAGAGCUUGCAGCUGCACUUAUGAAGCUGUACUCGUCGUCCGCUUCCGCCGGGCAUGGCGUGCCCAUCGACGAGUUGGUGGAAGCAAACAGCGAUGAGACAGCAGUGCGCGGCAUGCUCCUCCGUCUGUGGUCCGAGGGCCUCCUGGACGUUUCCACGCGAUCGCAGGCAGCAACUACGCGUACAUAA